AUGACUAUCCUAAAUUCAUAUAAGAUUGCAGCGCUUGCAGCACUAUUAACCGCAAGUACAUCAUCCUUUGCGCAGGAUCCUGCUACCGCAGGUAAUAACAAUGAGCCGGUAUCCGCCAAAUGGCAAUCAUCACUCGUUCGUGAUGGUGCCUAUGACCGGGUGCCCCAUGUUAGCGGCACCAUUGCCUGGCAGAAUAUUCGGGAAGCGGAUGUAAUGUGGAAGAAGCGUGUCUGGAGAGAAAUCGAUACCCGUGAACGCCAGAAUCUUCCCUUCCGUUAUGUAGGUGAUGACCAGACAGGUGGCGGUACCUUUAUCGAAAUCCUGCUGGACGCUGUGAAGAGAGGUAAGAUCAAAGCCUAUUCUGUAUAUGGUGGCGAUAACUUUAGUAAAGCACUGACCAAGGACCAGAUCAUGGAAAUGCUGGUAGGUGCACCGGACACGAUCAUCCAGAUUGACCCGGUUACUGAAGAAGAAACACGCGUAAUCUCUAACCGUGACUUUAACCCGGAUCUGGUAACUAAGUACCGUAUCAAGGAAGACUGGAUCAUGGACCGUAACAUUGGCCGUAUGGUGGUUCGUAUCAUCGGUAUCGCACCAAUGCGUGAUAAGAUUGAUGACGAAGGUAACUUCCGCGCCUCUUACCCAAUGCUGUGGAUCUACUAUCCUGAAUUGCGCCCGGUUAUGGCACAAUACGAAGUAUUCAAUCCUGAGAAUGAUCUCACACUACCGCCGCCUGGCCGCUUAUGGCCUGGAGGCGGAUAUGGCUUAUUGUACCACCCCGGACCUGCAUCCUGUAGUGCCGAUUUUAAAAGGUCAUGA